UUUGUUUGUGUGACAUUUUGUUUGUGUUGUACAGUUCAAGUUUCUUACCUAGUUUCGGUGAACUAAACACAAAUUAUCAAGAUCAAAUUUAAUAGUGUGAUAAAUAUGACUUUACCUGAAAAUGAAUGGUUUAUUCAAGCGCCUUGGGGGAGAAUAUGUUUGGUAGCAUGGGGAGACUGCUUCAACCCGCCAGUUCUUCUAGUACACGGGGCCAGAGACACAGCGGCUACGUUCAGACCACUAGUGUCCUUAUUACCUAAUAACUUUUAUUACAUAGCAAUUGAAUUACCGGGCAAUGGCAGGUCAGAUCGGUACCCACCCGGCAUGAUGAUAAGUGUGUAUGAUCUUGUGUACGUCGUCACACUAGUUGUGAGACACUUCAGAUGGGACAAGUUUAUAUUUGUGGGACACUCUAUGGGUACACUUAUUGGUAAAUUGUACAACAUCUCGUACAAGGGGUCAAUAACCAAAAUGGUGGAGUUAGACCCUGUAACAAAAUGGAUUACGGUACCACCUCAUAAAUUUGCAGAUUGGUACCACAAAUAUUUUACCGCUUUCUACGAGCAAUAUGAAAAACUAAACUCGCCUAAGGAAAAAUCGCCAUCUUAUACGUAUCAACAGGCAAUAGACACGUUGAAAGAGGGACGACGUCUGACACAGGAAACAGCAGCGGCCACCGUGGACCGAAUGACAGAACCAGCUGGGAGAGGACGUGUCAAAUUCACGGCCGACCGUCGUUACAAAUUUAUAUCGACCGUUCCAUUCGCGCCUGACCAUCUGAAGCGAGUCUUCACCGGCAUCACCACUCCAACACUGAAUAUAGUCGCAGAGAACUCCCUUAAAAAGGGCUAUUAUAAGGGCGCGGAGUUCUUGUUGGACGAGAGUUGUUUUGCGGGAAAUUACAGGAUCAGAAAGGUGGAUGGGGGUCACGACGUGCAUUUUGUGAAUCCUGAUCGCGUCGCACCGUUUGUCACGCAAUUUUUAUUGUAUGGAGUCGAAGGUGUUAAUGGCAAACCUAAAUUGUAAUUUAUCAGCUUGGAACCAAAUAUAGACAAUAUUUAAUUUAUACAUAUAUCUAACAAGAUUCGGCCCCUGGCUCCGCUCCCGUGGGAAUCGUGAGAAAACCUGCACGCUGGUUGAUUAUUAACUUGUGUGUGAAACACAGAUAUAAGAUCAUUUUUUUAUUACUAUGUAUAUUUUAUACUAUAUUUUAACAUUUGACGACGUCGGUGACGAAGUGGUAUAGUGCUUGCCAUUGAACCGAGAGGUCCCGGGUACGAUCCCCGGUCGGGUCAUGAUGGAAAAUUAUCUUUUUCUGAUUGGCCCGGGUCUUGGAUGUUUAUCUAUAUAUGUAUUUAUUAUAAAAUAUAGUAUCGUUGAGUUAGUAUCCCAUGACACAAGUCUCGAACUUACUUUGGGACUAGCUCAAUCUGUGUGAUUUGUCCUGAUAUAUUUAUUUAAUGUUUUUUUUUAUAUCUGUGGUGUGAAAUGGAGAUGGCAAUGACAGACCUCUCCAUUAUAGUGCCAAGAAAGUUGUUGUGUGUGUUUCAUUCCACGUAACGACCACGACCCUCAGCCAUGAGGAAUACGACUAUGAAGAAGAUAUUAUUGUAACUUUGGGACCUGUAUGUACUUACGUUGUGUGAUAAGUGUUGUAUUUUUUAUUAAUUUGUAUAUUUUGUAUUAUUUGUUAAUAGAUACAAUAUUGGUGGUAGGCUGUUGCAUUUAAUAGUAAAUAUAUUUUAUUUUGUUUA